AUGGCAUUAUCAUCAAACGACGCGGAGGCUGGCCACCAGCAGCAAGAAGUAGCAAAAAAUGAAAAUCAGUUCACAAUCUCAAACAUUAAGCUACAACGCUUAAUCCACCUGACGGACUACCUCACGGAACUCCAAAUCCACCCAAACCCACUAGACCACAACCCAUUUUUUCACCCUGUAUCGGAGUUCUACAUCACUCCCUCCGACGUUGUUCUCCGACAUAUUCUCCAUGAUCUCUCGGGAGCCUUCCCUUCUCAUGGGCCUCGCCUGGAGUACCAUAGGGCCGGGCCUCGAAAGCAAAUAUACUUCGACCCGAGUCACGUGCGAGCCGCGAUUGUCACGUGCGGCGGGUUGUGCCCCGGGAUGAAUACGGUGAUCAGGGAGUUGGUGGUGGCGUUGUGGGAGCACUAUGGGGUGCGUGAAAUUUUCGGUAUAAGAGCGGGCUACAGAGGAUUUUAUUCGAGUGAGCCAGUGCCACUGAACCCUAAGAUGGUUCGUGGAUGGCAUAGAAAGGGUGGCACCGUGCUUGAGACUUCUAGGGGUGGGUUUGAUCUUCACAAGAUAGUCAAUGCAAUUCAGGAUCAUGGGUUCAACCAGAAAAGGCUAUUGAGGUCCUGGUUCGGUAACAGUUCUGUUGCCCUAUUCCCACUGGUAUACAUCAUUGGUGGAGAUGGCGCGAUGGGUGGUAUGGUGGAGAUAUUUAAUGAAAUCAAACACCGGAAAUUGUACAUUGCGGUAGCUGGAAUUCCUAAAACUGUGGACAACGAUGUUGGAGUCAUAGACAGAUCAUUUGGAUUCCAAACAGCAGUUGAGAUGGCUCAGCAAGCCAUCGGAUUGGUGAAGCUCAUGGGUCGUAGCACUGGACACAUUGCCCUCUAUGCAACAUUGAGCAGCCGGGAUGUUGAUUGCUGUUUAAUUCCGGAGAAUGAGUUCUACUUGGAAGGAAAGGGAGGGCUUUUCGAGUUUCUUGACAAUCGUCUGAAAGACAAUGGCCAUGCAGUGGUGGUGGUUGCUGAGGGUGCUGGACAAGACAUCAUACCUAGGACUGAAUCCCAGGUACAAGAAAAGGAUGAAUCUGGCAAUUCAGUCCUCUUGGAUGUCGGCAGCUGGUUGAAAUCCGAGCUUAAGAACUGGUGGGCUAGAGAUCAUCCUAAAGACUUGUUCACAGUGAAAUACAUAGAUCCUACGUAUAUGAUACGUGCAGUACCUGCAAAUGCUGCUGAUAAUUUAUACUGCACUCUUUUGGCACACUCAGCAAUUCAUGGCGCAAUGGCUGGCUAUACAGGGUUCGUCUGUGGUCCAAUUAAUGGAAACUACGCAUACAUCCCAGUGGAGGAAGUGGCACAGGCAAAGAAUCCUGUGAACACAAGAGAUCAUAAGUGGGCAUGGGUGAGAUCCAUUACUAAUCAGCCUGAUUUCGGGAGUGGCUAA